UCACUAAAAUUAUUGUUUGAGGAACGAGAAAGAAAGGAAAAAGAAGCAGCGAAGAAAGCAGCAGCCGCACAGCGACGGCGUUUCAAGAAGCUGGCUGAAUCCGCUGGCCACUGGACUGAUGAUCCCAGAAAGAAACUCGCUGAGAUGGAACGACUUUGCUUAUCUUUGCCCGUAGAAGCUAUGUCAUCUCUUUGCGAUAGUAUCGAGAAGUUGUCGGUUCGCGAAGAAAUACUUGCCACGAUCUCCGAAGCAGAGGCUGCUAGGAAAAAUGAUGCUGAAGCUAAGGUUGACGCAAAGGGUGCGGAUAAACAUAAAGAGGAGAAAGCAGCGGUUUGUUUGCCAGUGACUGUGUUAUGCUUUGCGUUCUUUGAGGCUUCGAAUACGUACCCUGCUGGAACUGUUGAUAGAUGGAAUGUGAUAGCCGAUUACAUCAAUGAGCAUCGCAAAGACAAGUCCAUGCCUCCGAAAAAUGAGAAGCAAGUGAUUAAGCAGUGCAAAGCGGUGCAGUCUAUGAACGUGAAGUUACCGGCAACCACACAAAAUACGCUAGGAGCAUCGCUUCCAGAUGAGGAUACCUGGACAGUAUCAGAACAGAAGCUUCUCGAACAAGCAAUCAAAACCUAUCCUGCCUCGGAUCCUGAGCGGUGGGAGAAGGUAAAUUCCGAGGUGUUUUAUUGGUUUAGUACAGGUCGGAUAGGGCGGCCUUUUUACUUGGUACUUCCUAUGUCUGGCCAUCCAUUAAGAUUGCGGAACAUAGCAGUAUAUUACUGUUCUAACUCUUCAUUUCUGCAGAUAUCGACUGCAGUGGGAACGAAAACAAAGAAGGCAUGCAUCCGUCGCUUCAAAUAUCUCGUGCAGUUAGUGAAAAGCAAAAAGGAAGAAGGAUCUUGA